AUGACGAAUUGCGGUGGCUCACCAUGGGAAGAUCUUCCUGAGGAGAUCCUGGAAGCAAUCGGAAGCCGCAUCGACCACCCAAUCAACAUUCUCAACUUCCGCUCCGUCUGCCGUUCUUGGCGCUCCGCCGUCCGUACCCCUGACUUCCACCAUCCAAUUCCGCCCAUUGAAGUCCGACUACCUUACCCCGGCGACGUCGACGGCGUCCUCGUUCCCUCCAUUAUGUGCUUCGUGGAGUUUCACCCUCCUCCGAUCCCCAAUGGCGAUUCUACCUUCGCCGUCGCCGGCGGUUGGCCGGUCAAAAUCGAAGAAGCAAGCCACGGCAAGCUACAGCUUGUGGACCCGAUUUCCAACCUCAAGCUCCGCUACACUCCAACCCAAUUGAGCUUGGCCGGCUUCCGCGACGUCCAAUUGAGCUCCUCAUUCCGCCUCACAUAUCGGGAUGGAUUCACAGCCUUCGAGGUGAAUAAAUUCGUCGUCUUUCCCCACUCUGCAAAUCCCCUGCCUCAACAGCAGAGUGUCACCAUCAUAGCCAUUUUCCAUAAAGGCAGAAUAGGGUAUUGGAGAAACGGGGAAGAGGAUUGGACUCCGUUAGACGACAGGAUUUUCGAUUACGACGACAUAAUUAUCCACCGAGGUCGGUAUCACGUCGUCGACAGAUUUGGGAAACUGUUUGUGAUCGAUUCGUCCCUGAAAUUCGUGGAACCCUGCUCAGCGCCGCAGCCCCCCGACGGCGGCGGCUCCGGCCAGAAGAAUCUGGUGGAGUCCGGGGGAGAUUUGUAUUUGGUGGAUAGAUAUUUGGAUGGGAGGAGGAGGAAUUGGAAGGAUGUGGAGGAUGCCAUUGCCAGCAGCUUUCACCCAAUCCGCCGCUUUGUGGGUACGGGGAGAGACAGGGGAUGGAACCCUAGAGCGGUGGAUUUCAGGGUGUACAAAUUGGAUAAGGAGAUGGGGGAAUGGGUUGAAGUGAAUUCGUUGGGCGGUGAUGAUACGGUGUUUGUGCUGACGCCGGGGUGUUGUUUCCGAUGA